ACACCUUAAUAAUCGAUUCUUUACCAUAGGUUUAAAUGGAGUAACAAUCGAUUUAUCGCAGUUCACGCCACGCCACUGGAAAAAACAAUUUAAUUAAGGAAAAUGAAGGAAAACAAACAUAGCUGAACUCAGAACUUUAGUCAGUACAAAAAAGUCUAUAACUAUAAGAACGAAAAGUUAAUUUUAAAGGUCUAAUAAAUUUCAAAAUUUGAAUUUUUUUUUCAAAAAAAAGUUAAAAUAUCAAUAAAAAGUCGGUGGUUUUGAAAUUGAACUACAUACAUAUAAAGGACUAGCCAGUGUAGCAGCACCUAAACCUAAUAGAUGAAGUAGAAAAAUAGAAAGGAAUUGCAUACCUGUCUGUCAGACAGGUCAAAAAAGAACAUAAAAAUCUUACCAGAGGAACCAAUUUCUUUAAGUCUACAAAAAUUCAAUUUUUGGUGCAGUAAACAAAAAGUACCCUGUAGACUAUGGGUAAAAACUUAAUUAGGUAGUAUACCUAGGUAACUGUUCAAAUUAUUAGUAUCAAAGCACCAAAAUUUUAAAAAAAACAGACAAAAUUAAAUAAUUUAAACCUAUUCUAAAUUUUAAAUUGAGUGCCUGUUAACACAGGUUGUUCACCCAUCUUUGAACACAAAAAGUAAUGUACCUAGUACCUACAUCUAAGUAGGUAAAUAGGUAAUUUUGGUUUUACAAAAAAGAAAUAUCUAGGCAGGUCGGUAUUCAGCAAAGGGGAGAAUACUCAGUAAAAUCAAAAUGGAAUGCCAGCAUUUCCUUAAACCGGCCAUUCUUAAAAGUUGAAGGUUUCGGUAGAUUUGCCGCAAUGUCCUUCGCUUUGACGAAUCCUUUUUCUUCAGUGCGCUGAAAUUUUUGAGUCAUUGACAAUCUCUUCAAAAAGGUGACGUCAUACCCUUGCUUGUGAAUGUCAUUGAUUUGACAAAUGUACAGUGGAGCCCGUAUAUAACGAACCCGCUUUUAACGAAGUUUCGGAUAUAACGAAGUAAUUUUCAUUCCCCUAGAACCUCCCUAUACACUCAAUAAUAAAAAAGCCCGCUUUUAACGAAGUCUCGGUGGCGGCACCUCGCAUAUAACGAAGUAAUUUGCCGCCAUUUCCGCUAUUGUGUUCGAUAUUUUCUGCUCUCUGGGCGAGUUCCGCUCGCUUGCGGUAAAACGUGUGACAGUCGCGGAGUCACGAAGUUACGAAUAAAAGAGAAUGAGCGAUAACGGAGGGAGCGCUCACUGCGCAGCCCGCCGCGCAUGUCUCACACCGCACUCUCUCACACUUGCACGCGUCUGCGAUGGAGGGGAGGGGGGAGUUCGGCAGCGUGCCGAUUCAUCAUAUGUCGGGUGUCAAAUUCCCGCCCUCGGGUGAAUUAUAAUCGAUGGAUUUUACGCCGUUCUGAUUAUUGAUGCAACCAAUUAAUCAAUCAAAACAAAAGAAAACACCUGAUGCGGUUAAUAGAUAAGAUAACCUCUAAUUAUUGGUGUUUUGAGAUCUUCGAGAUUAGCGAGAUUUUAACUUUUAUCUUGUGAUUAAUUUCUUUUCUUUUACUAUUCCGGGUGGUGUACCGUCAUGGAAAAUCAAAGUGCAAAGCGAAAACGUAAAAUCCUCGAUCUAGUGACGAAGAUAAAUAUUCUUGACGAGGUUUUGGUGAAACGCGUGAAGAAAAUUGACGUCGCGAAGAAAUACGAUAUUCCGCUGAAUUCUUUGUCAACAAUACUGAAGAAUGCCGAUCAAAUUCGCAACGCUAGUAUCGGUUUUAAAUUAAGCAAAGGUAGAAAACGAAUCCGUAAGGCUGCUCAUUCGGAUGUCGACGAAGCCGUUCAUAAGUGGGUUUUGGAGUGCAAAGCACGAAAAAUCAACAUUAGUGGACCGUUAAUAAAAAUUAAAGCGUUGCACUUUGCGCGAAUUCUCGGAAAAUCCUUCGUACCCGGUAAUGGGUGGCUCGACCGCUUUAAGAAAAGAUAUAAUCUGAAGUGCAAGAAAGUGUGUGGUGAAGAAGCAAGUGUUGAUGAACAGACGAUCAAAGACUGGCUAGCAGCAAAUGCAGAAUUGCUGAAAAAGUAUGAUAAGAAAGAUACUUAUAAUGCGGAUGAAACUGCUUUAUUCUGGCAAUUAAUGCCCAAUAAAACAAUCACCUUUAAAAAUGAGAAGUGUUCCGGCGGUAAAUUCAGUAAGAAGCGAAUCACAGUCCUGGUAUGCACUAAUCGAGAUGGGUCGGAUAAAAGGAAAUUGUUAGUGAUCGGAAAAUCCAAGAAACCACGUUGUUUUAAACGUGGUUGCUUACCACCCACAAUCACCUAUGCGAACAAUAAAAAGGCCUGGAUGACCGGGGAACUUUUUUCCAAAUGGUUGGUUGCUUUUGACAAGGAAAUGACCAAAGAAAAAAGAAAGAUAUUGCUUAUCAUUGAUAAUUGUACGGCACAUAAUGUUGAUCCCACUUUGAAUUCGAUUGAACUUCUGUAUUUACCACCUAACACUACCUCCAAACUGCAACCAGCCGAUCAAGGCAUAAUUCAGAAUAUGAAAGUGAAGUACCGCGCGCGUUUGGUGGAAAGGCUGCUCGUUCGUUGCGAAAACAACCUGCCGAUGGAAGUAGAUUUGCUGUCUGGAAUUCAGAUGGUCAGUGGCGCUUGGUCAGACGUUCGCCGAGAAACGGUUGAGAACUGCUGGAAGCAUGCUUUCGGCGAAAAAGUUAUUAGAAAAAAGAAGGGCCAAAAAGCAGCCGAAAAUGAAGUGCAAGAAAAUGACGACCCAGAAGCCGAAAAAGAAGCCGAAGAUGAACAAAGAGUGGAUGAUGAGUUAGAUGAUGACGAAGAGGUAGAGGAAGAAGAAGCGGAAGAAGAAAAGGAAGAAGAAGAGAAUGACACAGAUGACGAAGAAGAUUGCGAAGUGAUGGAAGAUGACGUGGGCGCUUACGAGAAGUGGGGCAAACUUCCUGAUAAGGACAUUGACAGUUUUGAGGAAUUCGUGUCCAUUGAUGACGACGUCGAGAUUUGUGCCCCGACGAUUGAGGAGUCCCUCCUGCCACCCAACGCGGACGACGACAAGGACUCGAGUGAGGAGAGCGACGGUGAAGGGGCUAUGGAGGGGGAAGCCGAGAGAGCACCGCCCACGCUUAGCGCCGCGUUGCAGGCCUUGCAGCAGGCGCGCCAGUAUGCGCUCGCAACCGGCCUGGGAGGGGCCGUGGAGUUGCUCGCUAAAGUCGAGGGCGACUUCAUUAAAAACUCGUGCCUGGCCAAAACUGUGCAGAAACCCAUCGAUUCCUUUUUCAAAAGGGUCUAAAUUGUGUAUUUUAUCAAAAUACAUAUACAAGUAUUGAAUCUGUAUUUGCAAUUUUUUUUGUGUAAUUUUUCCCGAAUCUUCCCACUGAGUCCGCUUUUAACGAAGUUCCGGAUAUAACGAAGUUUCUCUGGGAACCGUGAACUUCGUUAUAUACGGGCUCCACUGUAGUAACGGAAGCCGGUAUUUGCUUUGGUGAAGAUUUUGACAAGGCAGUAAGCACCCAAUAUUAUUUCAUCAGGUUGUUCUUCGAAGGAUUCAUCCAUACCAACUGAUGAAUCAGAGUUGUGCUCAGAAAAUUCAUUGUCCGAUAGUGAGGAGCUGGAAGACGGAGAAUCUUCGACGAACAGUCUCUUCCUUGAAUUAGUCUGCUUAUUUGGAUUUUUCGACUUCUUUGGAAUUUUCAAAUCUAAAAGUUUCAUCGCUUUCCUUUUCUCGGUCUCUUUUUUCUUCUGUAGUUUUUCAUUCUUUGCUUUUUCUUUUUCAGUUAGCUUUUCUUUUUCAGGCGAGGAUGUGAGGAUCACUGAUGACAGUUUAGUUCUCUUGUUUGAAUUUUUUCUUGGGCCCGCUUUCGGGUGAGGUUUGAUUUCAGAAGGUGAAACGAAAUUAUCUGAGGAUUUGGCAGCUUCAGGAGUGUUGGAGUUUACCCUUGGUCUACUUGGAUCAACAGCAGCUGAAGUUAAUGAAGUGCCAACAGGGGCAUUGAUUGGUUGACUGAUGACAACUUCUUUUGAGGCCGGAGGUUGAUUUUCAAUAUUUGCUGAAGAACCUGCUGCAUCUGGCUGAGGCUGAUUAAGUUCACCAGGGAUGUCAGCCCCUGGUUGUAACUCAUGUACACUGUUUUCUCCCGGGUCUGGGCGAUCAGUAACAAAGGAGCCUGAAAAUUCAUCAUCUCGAUAGAUAUCCGAAUUAAACGGCGCAAUACCACACCGACGAAAACCAGCGGUGAUGUUGCUAUGAGUGAAAGCCUUCGGGAAAGCUGUGCCAACAAGUGCUGCUAUAUCAUAAAUAGUAAUAGUCUUGGCAGGAUUGUUUAUCAUCCACAAAUCAGCGGCUUGAUUAAAAAAUCUCUUAAAAGGGCCAAAAACACCCACAUCAAGGGGUUGCAUCUUAUGGCUGCAAUGAGGUGGUAGAGUUAGUAAUACAAUGUCAUUGUCCCGGGCAAUAUUUGUUGCUUCUGAACUUAAAUGAGAUUCGUGGUUAUCAAGGAUUACGAGUUUGGGUUUUUCUUUGGAUGGGCGCUCGUGCUUUAUGAAAUGCUGUAUGACAUCCGGGAACAAAUGACUCACCAUCCAUCCAGAUGGGUUCGCUCUUCCUUCCGAUCCUGUGGGCGCACCAGUGAGCAUGUGAUUUUGAUACUUCACUCGAGGGAAGAUGAGGAAAGGGGGAACAGCUCUCCCAGCGGCAGAAAUUACAGCAACCAUUGUCACGAGAACACCUCGCUCACCGGACGUCAUCUGUGCAACUGUUCGCUUCCCGUUUGCCGCUAUAACCUUUUGCGGCUUUUGCACUGUCACCCAACCAGUUUCAUCGAGGUUAUAAAUGUCCUCAGGACCAAAUGAAUGUUUAUUUAAUAAAUCUAAGAGCGUAUCGAAAAACUUGUUUACGGUUGGUUUGGUAAAGCUAGUUGCACGACUGAGGCUGGUGCCUUCAGGCACUCUGAAUGACAAAUUAUGCCUUUUCAUGAAAGCAAAUAGCCAGUCUUUGCCUGCGACAUUAUUCUUGAUCCAGCUUUUCGGAACUUUAAUGCUGUUUCGUAGCGCAUAGGCACAGGCCAAAGUUCUUGCAGCCAAAUUAGAUUGGCCAUAAUGAAUCUCCGUUGCCUGAAUCAGGUAUUCAUAGAGCUCUUGUUCCGGAUUUGCAGUAAAAAUAGCCAUGUUUGUAGCCCAUGGGUUAAAAUUAACUUCAUCAAAAGAGGAAGCUUUUACCUUCUUUAUGAAGUCUUUCAAAGUUCCCCGUGGGAUACCUGUUUCUGUGGCAACACGAUGCGGGUUCUCUCCAGCCUCUAGACAUCUCUUCACAGCAGCUCGCAAGUCAUUCACUGUAUAAGAAGUCCGCUUAGUGGUGGUGCGUUCUCUCUUCCGUGGCAUGGUUGGUCAUCUAAUAAAACAUUCAGACAGCUUUAGACAUGGGUAGGUAGAAGAGCCAUAACAGCAAUAGUAGGUGGGUAGAUAUUUUUAAAGUUGCGUUCCGUUGUAAACAUGGUAGGUAGCCAGGCUCUAACUGAGGGCAAAAUACAAAAAAACUUAACUAGACUAAUCCACAUUCAGUGGGUGAUUGGCCAUUUAGAUGCUCAGCUUGCAUUCAGAUUAGGUUGCAUCAUUGUAUUCGGACUUAUAGCCCGUGAAUUUCUCAGUAAAUAAAAAAAUAAAUAGAUAAUUCAAGUCUGUUUACAGUAAGGGGUCACUCCGCCAGUGGCAGAAUGACCCUCGGCGUCACUGGCGGAACGACCCCAUCCCGGCUUCGCUGCACAAAAUUGUUACCUGACAUGACAGAAGUAAAGAUAUUUCAAAGAUCAAAAACGGAAUCAAUAGCCUUGAGUGAGUAGUUUACGAUGAUGUACUUACCAAAUUUCGAUCACCAAACCACCAAAGUCCAGACGAAAAGUUCCAAAAAAGAAAACAGUUACGAUCGGGAGCAAUUUUAACACUUGCGCCUGUAGGUUAGUUGUAAACAAAUGAAUCAUGCAUGGAACAACAUAUAGUAGACGAGCACUUCCAACUGCUUACUCCCAUGCUUUGAAUUUCCCAAUUCGACCACCGCUAGGGGCGCUACGGUCGACUGGCGGACUGACCCACCCUGGCGGACUGACCCCAUCUUACCCUCCGUAGAAUUAACGAAAAGAGACAAGAGAAAAUCCGAGCAUGAAUUAACAAUAAUGGCUUUACAAAAUUCGCGCUUCGGUACAUCUAUCUGCCUGCUGACAAUUUCAUUUUUUUUAUGUGUUUUUUAUGUGCUUUUCACAGUGUUGUCACUAUGUUCAGUGCGAGUUAAACACCUUACCAAUCAAAUACCCUGUCAGGGCAUGAAAGUUGUAAGUGACAUUUUUGCGUGCGAGAAACCAAGUGCAAACUUCAAAGAAAAGUACAACUUUUAUAAAAUACUUGCUUGAGAAGAUUUCUCCACGGCAUUAAAAAUUAUCACAAUCAUUUGUUUAGUUCCACAAGUAGGUGUAUUUUUUCGUUCUUGAGAACUCUCUUCCUUUUGCUUUCUUACUACUAAAGAAAGAUCUGCUUCUCAUGAGAAGAAAAAUUCUAUACGGGAGGACAAAGUAGUAACAUGUUAGUGGGUAGUUUUGAUACUAGAGACGAAUGUUCCUUCCCCGGAGUGGAAAGUUGUUCCUUUAUACAAUUAUAUAGGGACCCAGGGUAGCAAAAGUUUCUCACCUAAGCAACCAGUCAGUGGAGAGGAGAGGAAUGUUUCCUCGCCUAAACAUUAACUAGUUGCUCAAACAUACAACGAUCGGUUCAGAAUAGGAAUUACACAUUGGGUUGUUCAGAUAAAGGGUGAGGACGAUGGAAAGAAACGUACUUCUUGAAUGACGACUCAUUUUCGGCAAAAUUUCCCUCUUGCACAAGCCAAAUGAUGAUGUUCAAUUGACGUUAAAGAAGGAAGUGAAAGGCUAUGGUUAGUACGAACAAUAGUUCACCGUAUGCAUGAAAAUUGAAGUCAAUUACGAUGUAAACAAACUGACCAGAAAGACCUUGAUGAUGAGUAACAUAGGCUGUCCCUAGGAAUAAGGUUUAAACUGGAACUAGCAGCAUGCUACUGUAGAAGUGAUGCAAAUUUAAACGAACGUGGCAGAAAACUCAAAACUUCAUAAAGUCAAAUUAAUCUUCUCAAUGGCUAUUCAUCUCCCAAUUCAAUUAUGAUUACAAUUUAAAAAGUUAAUCGCAAUCAUGAUUAACGUUCAAUUGACUGCUCAGCUCUAAUAAUGAGAUGAUUUUGAAAAUUUCCAAUGUGCGAACAACGCUUUCUGUGAAAUUUUGACGAGGUAAAAUGUCUUGUAGUACUUGAAUUCUAAUCAAGUACAAAGAUGUGUACAAGGAUUACUUUGCCACAAACUUCUUCCUUUAUAAUGUUGAUACCAAUAAUAUUGGUAAUCUGUACUCCCAUAAGUCUGAUAUUAGUGAAAUGGUUGUGAGUAAUACUCAGUCGGAGAAUUUCUAGGUAAUAUACUUGGCGACUAAUAAGAUUAAUACUCUGGCGAAGUCAAUUACUACAGGCUUUUGCAAGGCAUGAUUGUAAAAGCCCCAUCGGACCUCCUCUGCAACCAAAUCUUUCCGAGAGAUUGUCUCUUGCUCUAUCAUAUUUCCUCUUGAUAACCUCUGAAAAUUCCCAAUUGUUGGUUGCCCAGGUGUUUUUUGGCUCGAUUCAUUGCAUCAUGUGAGCUAAACUCCACUAAUGCCAGUUGGUUGCCUCUUUAACAGCCUUCCUACCAAGGAGAUGGCUUUUGCUCUUUCAUAUAUAUAUACAUACAUAUUUUCAUACAUAUUGGGUCAUCAUUUUGAAUGAGCUACUAUUUUUCUGGGUCAAAGUAAUUUUCUAAAACUUUUUAAAAACAUAUUUUACCUUUUAUUGCAAAAUAAAGGUUUUUGUGAAACGCCUUCUAGAAGGUGUGUAAAAUGGGUCUGUAUCUAAUUAUCUUGAAGCGGAAAAAACUGAUUCAGGAUUUUGUGUAAUAUUUUUCCUGAUGUUGCGAAAUUUAUCCCCUAUUUUUCACUUUUGCAAAAAGUGUAUCCUAUCGAAAGAAAAGUCUGCUUAAAAUUAACCAGAAGUCUGUAACUAAUGAAAGGUUUUCUCAACCAGAAAUCAGUAGUACUUUGUUCGUCCGUUUACAUCUGUUUGUUCUGCCCUGUGGUUAAAAACCAUACAAUUUUUACUCAUAAUUGUCCGUAGUCAUUGUUGUACAGUAAUUGCUUGGUGAAGAUAUUUUUUCCUCUCUUGAAUUUAAAAUUUUCCACAAACAAAAUGCAUGGUGACAGAUGUAUUUAAUGCUCCAAAAUCCAAAACUUUCAACAAUCUUUUUUUUUUAAUAUCGCAUCAAAUGAGAGUAACUUGAAUCUUUUUUGUUUGAUGUGAAAUUUUUAUUUUGUAAUGGAUUCUCUUAUUCUUUUCGUAAUAUGCUAAUGGUGGAAUUUUUUUUCCUGAUGGAAAUGAAGCAAAGCUUGUAAAAAUGAAUUGUUUAUUCUGGGUGAAUACUCUAUUAUUAUCAUUUGUAUUUACACGAUGUUGAUAUUAUUUAACUAUUGAAUAUUUAUACCAAAAAUUUAGAUACGUAAUCGCUGCUGAAAAUGUAACCUUUAGGUAAGAAAAAGUAAUUUAAAUUAUAUUGUAUGAGUUCAGUUGAAAUUUAGUUGUGGCAGCAAUUUCCUGGAAGGGUGCCUUUGUUAAUUAUGUAACUUUUCUUCUUUUUUCUCUUUCUUUCUCUUAAAAUUGUGAUAAUUAAUGAAAUCACCAAUAAAUAAAGUGGGAACCGCAAUUUUUUUUUCAAUCGUAGUUGUUAGAUGAAAAAUUAUUUUGAACAGAACUUUUUUUCUCAAGGUUUUGUUUCUGUACGUCUUGUUGGCCAUAAAAUAGUACUGUCUGUUGGAGAAAUCCAUUUGAAAUGAGUCAGUCUUACGAUUGGGCUUUGAGUAAUCAUUAAAUUUCAUGGAGACUUCGAUUAAGUUUAUGUUCACUGGAAACAGAACAAAAACAUAGUAACAGGCAAAAAAAAAUUGAUUAAAUGAUGGACUCAGAUCAGCUUACUAGCAAGAUUCUCCUAGCGAUUGCCUGGUAUUGUUGAGCGAAUAAUUUCAAUAUUCUCAUUAGGGUCAUCCUGUUUAUACUGUUUCCUUUAAUCUAUAUUUUGUUCUCACAGUUCCCUGUUUAACUAGUGUAAUUGGAUGUAUUUCUGUCAAACGGAACUCUGUGCAUUAAGACGUGAGCCCUGUUAUGCAUAUAUUCUAAUGGGCUUCAGGGCUCAUGUCCUAAUGUACAUAGUUCUGUUUGACAGAAAUAAGUCCAAUUACUCUCAUGAACGAAGAGCGGAAAGUCCGAAACAGAAUUCCUGGCAAUUCAAAUUGAAAACUGACUAAAUGGAGAUGUUUCCUAACUCCAGUGUUCAGCUGAUCUAAGUCCAUCAAUCGGGGAAAAUUAUUUAGUUGAAGUUUUUCUGCUAGUAUCAUCCAUCUGCAAUUUUAUUUGUAUGAGCCGGUGCUAGCUCUGAAAAAUUGUGUGUGUGUUGUUGUCCAUGUUCUCUUUACCCAUUGGCACAGUUUCAUUCUGUACGUGUCGUGCUUUUUUUACUGCUGAGUAAGAGACAUUUUUUGUGACUUUCACAGCUAAGAUUAGUUGUUAUAUGCAUAGAUGCAUAUUAUCCUUCAUCAGCUGUGAUGAUAAAAAAUAUUGGCACAACGCAGCUUCAAACACUACGUAGUAAAAAACAGGAGAAAAAAAAAUCUGAAUUCAGUCUCGCAUGAAAUCACUCGUUCGUCAAAUAGGCAGUACUGUUUCUUGCAAACUAAUUGAAAAAACUCAAAAUUGUACUUUUUACCAUGCUUGCAAAGCAAUUCCUUUUUUAUUCAUCCCAAAAAAUUAUUUUAUUUGUCGAAAAUCUGUAAAAUCAAUAUUUAAGACAGGCUGCUCUCAAAAUUUUCUUGGAUUUUUCAGUCCGUGCAAUAAAGUGAGUGCAAUUCCAACAUUCAUGAAAUGAAUGUUGGAUCUUAAAUUGUUUGAAGUGUUAUACUAGAUUGUUGAAAUUAAAUCAAUGUUCCUGAAUUUACUUUUUAACAGGGAAUGCUUUCCCAUUUCCUAAAAUUUACAUUGUAUCAUUGUCAUUUUACAUGUUUAUAUUUUAUUUUUGUGUUUUGCAUACCUUCUCCAAGAUGUAAUUGUACACAUUUUGUAGCCCACCCGGAUCGCUGGUUUUUGUCGUUGUAUUAUUGCAACGAAUUCUAAAAAAUAAUAAUAAUUUGAUUAUUAAUAACUCCA